CGCUGCGACGACAUAAAAGAAAAAGUGAAGUUCUAGCAAUAGUUCUAGAUGAUUUAAAAAAAAGUUAAUACAUUUUUAAACUUAAAUAUAUUAAAGUGAAAAAAAAAAUCUAAAAUGGAAUACUUCAGCGGGACGAAGAAAUUACUUGAUUUUAUAAUAGCCGAUUGGAAAUUGUUACUAAUUCUUACAUUGAUAAUCGUUAUUUAUUUCUACUACACCAGAACAUUUGACUAUUUUGAAAAAAAAGGUAUUAAAUAUAUGAAGCCCAUAAUAUUUUUGGGUAGUCUGGGUCCAAGAAUAACUGCAAAAAAAUCUUUUCACUGUUAUCAGUAUGAGAUUUACAAUUAUUUCAAAGGAAAUCCAUAUGGGGGUCUUUUUGAAGGCAGUCGACCAGUAUUGUACAUUCUAGAUCCUGAACUCAUCAAGGCAAUCACAAUUAGAGAUUUUGAUCAUUUUGUCGAUAGAAGUACCCUGAACUCGAAUGAACCAAGAUACUUGAAACAAUCAUUACUGAAUUUGAAGGGUCCAGAAUGGAAAGGAGUGAGAAGCACUUUGACUCCAACAUUCAGUUCUUCACGAUUGAGAAACAUGCUCCCUUUAAUUCAACAUUGUUCUCAACAAAUGGUUGAGUUUCUGAAACAAUAUGAUAACAAAGAUGUUGAAAUGAAAGAUACUAUGGGACACUUCACACUAGAAGUGAUAGGAGCUUGCGCGUUUGGGAUUAGGUGUGAUGCGUUGACCGACGAGAAUGCGCAUUUUGUCAAAGUAGCAGAAAAGUUUAAUUACAUGCCGAGAUUGAAGCGAUUGUGCAUCUUUUUCUUUCUAGUAUUCAUGCCAAAGAUGUUGCGAUUUUUUAAUAUAUCAUUCUUCUACCCCAAGAGCAUAGAAGAACUACUAAGAAUAUUGAAAGUCGCUAAAUCAGAAAGGAAGCUAUCAGGCACCAAAAAAAAUGAUUUCCUUCAAUUAGUUAUUGAUGCCGCCGAAAAAGAAAAAUCUGACCCUGAGCGCCCAAACAAAUAUUUGGACGAUGAUACUAUUGACGCGCAGUCGUUACUUUUCCUCAUCGCGGGUUACGAAACAUCCAGCACUCUUUUGUCUUUCGCUCUCCACGUGCUCGCCACCAAACCUGAGCUGCAAACCAAAUUGAGGGAACACAUAGAAGAAAUGACCGACGGCAAAGAGAUGAGCUACGAACUUCUCAGUCAGCUGGAUUACCUUGAAGGCUUUUUGCUGGAAACCCUACGAAGAUAUCCACCAGUAGGUCGAGUGGAAAGAGUUUGCACAAAAAAUUAUACUUUACCCGGUACAUCAGUGCAAGUGCAGACAGGAGAAAUUGUGGCACUACCGAUUUACGGCAUUCAUAUGGACCCCGACUACUACCCAGACCCGGAGGAGAUUCGACCUGAGCGAUUUAUGGGCGAAGAGAAGAAGAAUAGACCAUCUCAUUUGUUUUUGGCAUUUGGAGUCGGACCACGAAAUUGCAUCGGUCUAAGGUUUGCGAUGUUCUCCGCAAAGAUGGCGAUGGUUGCACUUAUGAAGAAUUUCAAAUUUUCAGUUUGCGAUAAAACUGAGGACCCUAUUCAUUUUGAUAAGAGAAGUAUGCUGUUGAAAACUGGAAAAGGAUUGUGGGUCCGACUUGAAAAAAUAUAAUUAUCUUUUUGGUUGCAUAAAUGCAAAUAGAAUAAGAAUAGUAUUAUGUUUGAACUAAAUGCAAAAGCAAAGUAAACAAACCAGAAAUACUUCAUAAUUACAAAGAACAAUAACGAUGUA